GAUGUCUGACUAUAUUAUUUCUUCAGUGCAGAUGCAGCCUUUUGAGAAGUUAGUUGGGACAUUAUUGUUUGAGGAGUUUCUCCUGAGCAUGGUCUUCACUAUAACAAUUUUUAAUUUAUUUUUACCUGAUCCUAUCCUUUCUUUAUGUUUCAGAAAAAAAUAACUGUUCUACCAUUUCUGACAUGUAAGAAGACUGUUAUAUGGAUUCUGAAACAAAUAGUAAUUUUUAUAUAGGUAAAGUGUGGAUUCAAUGUGAAAACACCAGCUGUUUAAAAUGGAGAUGGUUAAAACAUGAAGAUGCAACACAUAUUGAUCUAAAUGCACCAUGGUACUGUUGUAUGAAUACUGACCCACAGUUUAAUAAAUGCUCUGUUUCUGAAGAAUACAGUCCUGAUGAGUCUCAGUGUCAAAAACUUGGAUUAAAGUACAUGUACUCAAAGUUUCCUUUAGGAAGUUUAGUUCUGGUGAAAACGCAAAUGACAAGGUGGCCUGGCAUCAUUUGUCCUGAUCCUGAUAAUGGCGAGUAUGUGACAUACAACUUGGAUGGAGCUGUUGAAAACCAUCAUGUAGAAUUUCUGGGGAAAUGCCAUUCCAGGAUUUGGGCUGCUAUAAAAAACAUUGAAUAUUAUCCUGCUUCAUUUAAGGCAGAUAUAUUAAAGUGGAAACAAGCCUGGUACGAAAGUGCAUUGGAGGAAGCAAACCAACUGCUUGGCUGUUCUGUUCAGCAAAGGCUAGCAAUGUGCUACUUAUCAAAAAACGGCAGAGUAAACAAUAAGAGAGCCCAAACAAAAACUGGUACAGUAACUUGCAGGAGAAUGGUCAGAAUCUGUAGGAAGCAAAGUAGCAGCAGAAAUGGAAAACAGAGAAAGAAAAGAAUGCUAACAUGCUCACUUGACAUAGCAGACUCAGAAGAUAUCUUGUCAAUGGAAAAUCCAGUUCUCGCAGAGACAGAAAUAAUACUAAAAGAUUUGGACCAAAUUCUCAAGCAUGUUGCAGAUUCCUCCAAGCCUUCUUUCAAGUCACUUGUGGAUGGAGAGGACAAUAAUUUAAGGGAAAAGGUAUCUAACUGCUGCACAGAGUUCACUGAAAAGAGGCCAGUGGAAAGCAACACUCAAGAGGACUGUGUUAUAAUUGAUGGGAAAGCUUUGAAGGCUGGAGAGUGCAUUCAGAGCAUAACAGACAGGUUUAAGGAAAUAGAUUCUUUAAUGGCUGAAUUCCAAGACAGCUUGUAGCAUUGAUAAGAGAGAAUCUAUUAUACUAUUUACAGCCUUAAAGCGCAUCCCUUUUCAUAAGUUGCUGGAGAUCCUUAACAGCAGUUCAACAAUAUGGUUAGUUUGAUAUUCAGUUCAUUUUAACUGAGUAUUUUUUUUCUUCACAUUCAUUGAUAAAAUUUAUAUAAAACUUAUUUUGUGUAGCUUAAAAGCUGUAACAUAAUGAUAAUAAUAUGUGCUUUUAGAUUUUUUCUUUAAUAAAGAUAUAUUUACCUUGUUUUAAUCAAAUUUCACAUCUCUGGA